AUGUCCCAGCCACGGCACGGGACAGAAUUCCUUGAGGGUCCGAGCAAGCCACGUCUCAAGCCGUUCGACACGUUCGGCGCUAGCAAUGGUGCUGGUGCUCUUCCAGGCGUCGAGCGAGUAAUGACGCCGCCGGCAAGGCAAGACCUCGGUCUGGUCCAUGGCCGAUCCAAUCUUCGCAACAUGGCCAUGAUCUGA